UUGUCAUCCCCCCUCCCCAUCAUCGGUUGAGAUUACAACCGGAGGCCCCUCCGAAAAAAAAAAUCCUCCCGAAGAUCGAGUGUUGCUAUCACAUCAGGCACCCCUUCGGGCAGCUAAGCUCUCAGGGGGCCCUUCGUCUUCCUCCCUGCUGGUUUCACGAAGCGGCUGCCAAUGAGCUCCGCCGAGUAGCAGAGGGGGCAGGGCUAGCCCUUAAAGGAACCGCGACCUCAUAGCAGACUGGAGGGUGACCCGGAUGAUGGCGGCCGGAGCGGCCCUAGCCUUGGCACUGUGGCUACUACUGCCGCCGGUGGGGGUGGGAGGGGCAGGGCCACCGCCGAUCCAGGACGGCGAGUUCACGUUCCUGCUGCCUGCGGGGAGGAAACAGUGUUUCUAUCAGUCUGCACCGGCCAACGCAAGCCUCGAGACCGAAUACCAGGUGAUUGGAGGUGCUGGACUGGACGUGGAUUUCACCCUGGAGAGCCCUCAGGGCGUGCUGCUGGUCAGCGAGUCCCGCAAGGCAGAUGGGGUGCACACGGUGGAGCCCACGGAGGCCGGGGACUACAAGCUGUGCUUUGACAACUCCUUCAGCACCAUCUCAGAGAAGCUGGUGUUCUUCGAACUCAUUUUUGACAGCCUGCAGGACGACGAGGAGGUUGAAGGCUGGGCAGAGGCCGUGGAGCCCGAGGAAAUGCUGGAUGUCAAGAUGGAGGACAUCAAGGAAUCCAUCGAGACCAUGAAGACACGGUUGGAGCGCAGCAUCCAGAUGCUGACGCUCCUGCGGGCCUUUGAGGCACGUGACCGCAACCUGCAGGAAGGCAACCUGGAACGGGUCAACUUCUGGUCUGCUGUGAACAUGGCCGUGCUGCUGCUGGUGGCCGUGCUGCAGGUCUGCACGCUCAAGCGCUUCUUCCAGGACAAGCGCCCUGUGCCUACGUAGCCCCGGAAGGAGGAAUGGGGAGAAGGGCAGGGCACAUGUGUGUGAGAUUUGGGGGUCCCUUCCCCACCUGAGUGUCCCCUACGGGAGGGGAGGCUGUACAGUCGGGGCCGGAGGUAUGGCCCUCAAUGUCUUCUCCCUUCGAGUGGGGGGGCGGGGCAGGCAGGAAGAAACGCUUGUUGGCUUGGCUGACAGCCCCGGGCCCUCCGGGAGGGGCAGCUCAGUGGUGGCACCUGCUCUCCAGGACACUGUGCAUGGACGGGGGCACCGUGGCAUUUGAAUGCAGUGCCUGGAUGGCGUGGCCGGUCUGUGCGUCCCCUGCUGUGAAUGUGUGUGCCUUAGCCUGAGUCUUCCAGCCUGCACUGGCCCUAGGUGUGGGGGUGGGGCCCAGGAAGCAGACUCCCUUCCCUUCCCCAGCAGCCUGAGCCAGGUGCUGCUGGGACGGGGCUUUCUGUGUGUGGGGCCCCUGGUCUCCCUGUCACCCCCCCGGAGGCCUGUUGCUGCUGCUGGGGGGGGGCGGGAAGGAGACACAGUGCUCUUGCCAGGACAGUCACUUUAUUGAGAGAAGGAGCCCAGCCCCUCAGCGUAGUGCAGGGGGGGCUCGCUGUGAGGUCCGGUCACAGAACUCUAGGAGCAGGGACUGCGAGACCACCCGCCCCUGCUUCCCUGUGCGGGGGCCCCGGGGCAGAGCCGGGGGUGGGGGGCGGUGGUGGCCCAGCCAAACCUUGCGCAGGCGCCUCACGGAACACAGGGUGGUCUGGCCUGGGCACUGGAGUCAAUAAAUUAUGGUCAGAAAAUCA